AUGGAUAGAAUUCCAGAGGAUAUUAUCGUAAUCAUUGCUUCUCUCCUUCCAUCCAGAAACCUCGCACUCUUCGCCACGUUGUCACGGCCGUGGCAGCGAGCUAUCGAGCGCCGCACAUUUUCGACAUUAUACAUUAACAGCACGACUAAUGACCUAUAUGUGUUCGAGCGUAUCGUCUGGGCUAAUUGUAUGCGCCGCAAGUUCCCGCAGAGCCUCACGUUCAGCGUCCAGCCAUACAUUGACAAGAGGAGGGUGAAACCUCCACAGCACUGGCAGCACUUUAGCGCAUCCCUGACAUGGGAUUUGCGGCGACUCUUCCUCAUCCUAGCAGAGAGCGACGAUGAGAAUAAAAUGACCCUGAAGCUGGUUGGAAACAUCCGUGACGACGAGAAAGACGAUGGGCCUGAGUAUCUUCGCCCGCGCCUUGCGUUGAUUGACAACGCCGACCAUUUCCCAGUAGUGAAGUGUGUGUCAAAACUAGUGUGUAGCAUAGCUAAUCCAAGGCCACGAAUAGCGCUGCGCGCUGCCAUCAACAUCGCAAAACUGUUACCAAGUCUAGGAUGCAUCGAAAUUACAGCACGAGAAGUAGGGUUUUACAAGGCAGCGGUGCGUCGGGAGGAUGAGCAUGGCUUAGCUGAUGCUCUAGUCGAGGCCAACUUCCUCUCCGGCACGGAGUGCCGAGAAGUGUCUCUGUGUCUGGAUUGGAAUGAUCCGUAUUCGUUCGAAAAAUAUGAUGGAUGGGUCGUUCCUGACAGAAGGAAUUCGCCAUCAUACGACCCUCUCGGAGCAGCUGUGCGUACGUGGUCGUACAAUCUCGUCUCCCUCAAAGUCUGUGGCGUCUUUGACGGUUCGCUUUUCUGGCCGAGUGAAAGCGAGCGGCUGGAGAUGCCUGUAUUACCCUGGCCUUGCCUAAGAGAAUUCUAUGUGAACUUAGGAAUAGUGACGCCGGCGGGAGGCUGGUACUUUAUAAAUCAACCCGACAGUCACAAGCGAAACGUACCCUGCGAAGAAACGAUGCAGCCGUUAUUCGUGGCCUGGGCCAAGGCGCUCGAAUCUAUGCCUGUCCUACAACAAGCCGCACUCCGCUUCCGUGUAAUUGACGACUCGGAACAAUACAUGUAUAACUGGUUAGUCGGCAUUCGGGCACCUGGCACCGGUCCUCGGAGGGGGAAAUUAGAGGGCUAUUCGCAUAAAUCAAGGCUCAUCUUUAAGAAUACUAAGGGCUAG